UCUUGCUAUAGUAAAUCUGCAUUUUUCUAACCAUUUUGUCUUCUCUAUAUAAACUCCAUAGCCAAAGCUUCAGAAAGAGUGUGCAGCAGUUGCUUUCUCAUCCCCCCAUUGUGUCAAAUAAUCCCCUCUUUCUGUACAUAUUAUUGUUCCUCCAUUAGAGGGACCUAAGAGGGCUUGCUAGAUCAUAUUAUCAACAUUAUUCCAAGGAUGGGUGAGAGCACUGCCACCAACAACCACCACCACCAAAAUGGUCGAGCUUUGGAAUUUCCGGUGAACAUGCCGUCACAUUAUGGCUCAAAAGUUGUCGAUGAUGAUGGCCGGCCCCAGAGAACUGGGACCGUGUGGACUGCUAGCGCACAUAUAAUAACUGCAGUGAUUGGGUCGGGAGUUCUUUCCUUAGCAUGGGCCAUUGGUCAGCUGGGAUGGAUUGCCGGCCCUGCUGUAAUGUUCCUCUUCUCCUUCGUCAUUUACUACACCUCGACGCUUCUGUCUGACUGUUACCGAUCAGGGGAUCCUCUGUUCGGAAAAAGAAACUAUACUUACAUGGAUGCUGUUAGAAGCAGUCUUGGUGAGUUUCAGGUGAAGCUUUGUGGGCUGAUUCAGUAUCUGAAUAUAUUCGGAGUCGCCAUCGGGUACACCAUUGCAGCAGCCAUAAGUAUGAUGGCGAUCAAAAGAUCGAAUUGCUUCCACAAGAGCGGAGGAAAAGAUCCGUGUGCCAUUUCGAGCAAUCCUUACAUGAUCGCCUUCGGCGUUACACAAAUCCUGUUUUCUCAAAUCCCGGAUUUCGAUCAGAUAUGGUGGCUCUCUAUAGUUGCUGCAAUCAUGUCCUUCACUUACUCGUCCAUCGGUUUAGGCCUUGGCGUCGCUCAAGUAGCAGCUAAUGGAAGCAUCAAGGGGAGCCUCACUGGAAUAAGCGUAGGAACCGUGACCGAAACUCAGAAAAUAUGGAGGAGUUUCCAAGCUCUUGGCGACAUAGCUUUCGCAUACUCGUUUUCGAUCAUUCUCAUCGAAAUUCAGGAUACGGUGAAAUCCCCGCCAUCCGAGGCGAAAACAAUGAAGAAAGCCACUCUCAUAAGCACGAUUGUCACAACGAUUUUCUACAUGCUCUGCGGUUGCAUGGGGUACGCAGCAUUCGGCGACCUCGCCCCGGGGAACCUCCUGACCGGCUUCGGAUUCUACAACCCUUUCUGGCUCCUCGACAUCGCCAAUGCAGCCAUCGUCAUCCACUUAGUCGGAGCCUACCAAGUUUACUGUCAGCCCCUCUUCGCAUUCGUCGAAAAAUGGGCAGCGGCGAGAUGGCCUGACAGCAGUUUCAUUUCGAAAGAAAUCCAAAUCCCGGUGCCGUUUAUGCAGCAGCCUUACGGACUCAACCUUUUUCGACUAACUUGGAGGAGCGGAUUCGCCGUCGUCACGACCGUAAUAUCGAUGCUGAUGCCUUUCUUCAACGACGUAGUCGGGAUCCUCGGGGCAUUCGGGUUUUGGCCUCUGACCGUGUACUAUCCCGUCGAAAUGUAUAUCGUUCAGAAGAAGAUACCGCGGUGGAGCACGAAAUGGAUCAGCCUGCAGAUGCUGAGCUUGGCUUGCUUGGCGAUAUCGAUCGCCGCCGCCGCCGGAUCCGUCGCCGGAGUGGUCCUGGACCUCAAGGUUUACAGGCCAUUCAAGACUAGCUACUGAAUGAAUGGAUGAAGGAAAGAAUGGAUUUUUAUGGAGGGAGGAAUUUGUAAAGAGAUUGAAAGAUGGUUUGGUGGUUGUUGUUAAUUAAGGACUUUUUUAAGUCAGUUUGUACGUGUGUCUUGUGUGUUUUUUAUUUUGGUUCUAAGUUUGUUGUGUCUAUGGUAAGAAAUUAAGUCUAUGUCCCUUGUUCCAAUUCAUAGUUCUUGAAAUUUUUAAAUUUAAGUUUUAGUC